AUUUGAAGCUCACACGACAAAAAUCUAUCACGUCAUUCUGGAGUUUAUCGGAUUAUAAUAUCAUCGGAUAUUUAUUCCUCACUUUGAUACCAUAGCGUUGUCUGAUUUGAGAUUAUCCGGAUCCUGAAACGCAAAGACAAUUUCGGAAAGUUAAAAACGGACACUAGUGGAGUCCUCAGAUUUUUUCACUUUCGUCUCUGUCUGUCUACAGUCCUUCGGAGCGGAAGUUAAGAAUUCAGCUCAGCUCCCGGCAGCUUGAACUGAUGCAGAGGUUCUGGCUGGGCAGGGGCUGGAGGGCGGCUGGAAGGAGAGCCCCAGGCUGAGAGGCAAUCCUCCUGUCUGGUUGCUCACCAGAUGGCUGUCAUUGGACGAGCAAAGUCCAGGAUCCAGGAAGUAGAAAAUCCAUCCCUGCUUGGUUUGCUUUUCUUAGUGUCAGUGUUUCCACGCCCAGUGACAAGAGGGGAGGCCAACGAAGUCUGCAGCUUCAAGUCUCCAUCAUGGAAGCAAACAACGUAUUCUUACCCCCUAAAUCCUUAAUGAAUUAAAUGGGAAGCAAACAAUGAUUCCUGACAGGGCUGGAUUUAAGGCAGGCUGUGAAUGCCACAGCACAGCCAGAAGUAGAGACGGACGAGUCGAACUGAAACCUGACCACUGCCUCUCAGCAAUUUUACUAAAUUAGCAAGAAGACCUCGGACCCCGGGUGAGACAGGAGAAAUGGAAAGUCCCCCGUGUGUCUCUAUUUUCUUGGUUUUGUGCGUCUUUAUCCAAUCAAGUGCCCAUGGACAAAGCCUGGGACUAGAGCCAGUUGGAAGAAGAUCGAGAGCUGUUGAAACAAAGGAAGCAUUGCAGGAGACAGAGACCAGAUUUCUGCUUUUUGAAGAAGAAACGGAUAAGGGCUGUCAGAUUCGGCUGAAUCACCCAGACACGUUACAGCGGUGCAGCUUCAACUCCUCUCUGCCCCUGGUGAUGAUAAUCCACGGGUGGUCGGUGGACGGCUUCCUGGAAAACUGGAUCUGGCAGAUGGUUGCCGCCCUGAAGUCUGGGCUGGCCCAGCCCGUGAACGUGGGGCUGGCCGACUGGCUCACCCUGGCCUACCACCACUACACCAUCGCUGUCCGCAACACCCGCCUUGUGGGCCAGGAGGUGGCGGCUCUCAUCCAGUGGCUGGAGGAAUCUGCUCAGUUUUCUCGAAGCAAUGUUCAUCUAAUUGGGUACAGCCUGGGUGCCCAUGUCUCUGGAUUCGCGGGCAGUUACAUGGGCGGAAAGCACAAGAUUGGGAGAAUCACAGGGCUGGAUGCCGCCGGCCCUUUGUUCGAAGGAUCUUUGCCCAGGGACCGUCUUUCACCAGACGAUGCCAAUUUCGUGGAUGCCAUUCACACCUUCACCCGGGAGCACAUGGGCCUGAGCGUGGGCAUCAAACAGUCCAUAGCACACUAUGACUUCUACCCCAACGGGGGCUACUUCCAGCCUGGCUGCCACUUCCUAGAGCUCUACAAACAUAUUACCAAGCACGGCUUAAAUGCCAUCACUCAGACCAUAAAGUGCUCCCACGAGCGGUCGGUGCAUCUCUUCAUCGACUCCUUGCUGCACCCCAGCCAGCAGAGCACGGCCUACCAGUGCGGCGACAUGGACAGGUUCAGCCAGGGCCUGUGCCUGAGCUGCCGGAGGGACCGCUGCAGCUCGCUGGGCUACCACGUCCGCCCGCAGCGGAAGGGCCAGAAGAACAAGAGGCUCUUCCUGGCCACGCGCGCCCAGUCCCCCUUCAAAGUGUAUCAUUACCAGUUCAAGAUCCAGUUCAUCAACCAACUUGAGAAACCAGUAGAACCAACUUUUACUAUGACACUCUUCGGAACAAAAGAGGAAAACCAGAAAAUUACCAUCACUCUGGAUGAAGAAAUUACUAGUAAUAAAACCUAUUCCUUUCUUAUCACGUUGGAUUUGGAUAUCGGUGAGCUGAUCAUGAUCAAGUUCAAGUGGGAAAAUGGCGCCGUAUGGACCAAUGUCUGGAACACAGUCCAAACCAUCAUCCCAUGGAGCAGAGGGCCCCUCUACUCAGGCCUUGUUGUAAAGACCAUCAGAGUCAAAGCGGGAGAAACCCAGCAACGGAUGACAUUCUGCUCAGAAAACAUGGAUGGCCUACAGCCCCACCCAACCCCGGAGAAAACCUUUGUGAGAUGUGACGUAAACUCUAAAAAAUUGAAGAGAAAGAUCAGAUGAGCUUCUACGAAGUUCCAGUGUGAAGAAUAAAUGAUCUAUUCCUCAUCUGGAAUGGUUACCUUAUUUGAAAACCCAAGUUAUAUAAACAAUCUUGCAUAAAGUUUAAACAAAGUUUAGGUUUAAAGGGGGAGUAUGUUUCACUAUUCUAAAGUGAGCUUUUAGGGCGCCUGGGUGGCUCAGUUGGUUGAGCGACUGCCUUCGGCUCAGGUCAUGAUCCUGGAGUCCCGGGAUCGAGUCCCGCAUCGGGCUCCCUGCUCGGCGGGGAGUCUGCUUCUCCCUCUGACCUUCCUCCUUCUCAUGCUCUCUGUCUCUCAUUCUCUCUCUCAAAUAAAUAAAUAAAUAAAUAAAAGUGAACUUAUUGGGCGCCUGGGUGGCUCAGUUGGUUGAGCGACUGCCUUCGGCUCAGGUCAUGAUCCUGGAGUCCCAGGAUCGAGUCCCACAUCGGGCUCCCUGCUCGGCGGGGAGCCUGCUUCUCCCUCUGACCCUCCUCCCUCUCAUGUACUCUCUCUCUCUCUCAUUCUCGCUCUCUCAAAAAUAAAUAAAUCUUUAAAGUGAGCUUUUAGAAACUAUAUUAUGUAACUGUAUUCAAACAUUUGUGUAACUAGAAAUUUCCCUACUGUAUCUCUGAUUAAAUGGUAAUAUAUGCAAUAUAUAAAUAAGAGCCAUUUUAGAUCCAUUGUCCUAAUUUACAAGGUCUUUUACAGUUAAGUCAAAUUCCCCAUAUUUCCCUCCUAGUUUAUUCUGAUCCGUUUUUUGAACCAUGCUGGAAAGGUACUUCUUUAUGACAGAACCCUCGCUUCAACAAAAUGAAAUUCCCAUUAAUCACUAGUCAUAUGUCCCCACAUACACAUGCUUUUUAAGACAAUUCAGCUCACUAAAAGAAGAAAAAUUCUAAUUAAGCCAGUAGCUGCCAUCAUGAAGGUUGUACAAUUAUUUCACUGAAUCAAACCAAUAAAAGUAGAAUUCUCCUAAAACUACUUGAUGGCAACCUGAAAGCUGGACAGUUGGUCAUUUUAACAAGUAAAUUACUAUUGCACUAAAUACAAUUUUUCUCUUUUCCUAAUGCCCGCAUUAAAAGCUAACGGAACACUUACCUCAAAGACUUAGAUAUCAGAUUUCAAACUGUCCAGUAAAUGAAGUAAUGACGUUUUGACCAACAAAUUCCGUCACAAAACACGUGAAGGAAAUACUAGCCCUGGUCAUGACCUGGGUAUGUGUUUCAAGUAACUCGAGCGCGAGAGCACAGUCUGUGCGCUGUUACUGGAGUUACUGGACUCCGCGUGGCUUCAGCCCCGCGCAGCUCAUAAGGCAUCUGCUCUUCAGCAGAGCAGGGCAAACCAGAGCUGGUAAAGGACAAAUCCCAAAGAGAUGCCUGCCUCUGAUGAAAUCAGUUUAAGACUGUCUUACACGAGGGCACGUGGGUGGCUCAGUCGGUUACGCGUCUGCCUUCGGCUCAGGUCAUGGUGCCAGGGUCCUGGGAUCGAGCCCCUGCAUUGGGCUCUCUGUUCAGUGGGGAGCCUGCUUCUCCCUCUCCCUUUCCCCCCUGCUUGUGAUCCCUCUCUCUCUCUCUCAGAUAAAUAAAUAAACUCUUAAAAAAAAAGGGGGCGCCUGGGUGGCUCAGUUGGUUGAGCGACUGCCUUCGGCUCAGGUCAUGAUCCUGGAGUCCCGGGAUCGAGUCCCGCAUCGGGCUCCCUGCUCAGCGAGGAGCCUGCUUCUCCCUCUGACCCUACCCCCUCUCAUGUACUCUCUCUCUCUCUCAUUCUCUCUCUCUCAAAUAAAUAAAUAAAUCUUAAAAAAAAAAAAAAGGAUUGUCUUACACAAUUCACUUUUAUUUCCCUUGGAAAGACCCAUAAAACUAAAGGAUGGGGGUGGGGUGAUAGCGAGAAAGAACAGCUUGGUCAAUGUUGCCUCCUGUCCUGAAUGCUGAUCCUGCCGGCAGAAGUAACUGACCACACUUUUUUUUUUUAAAGAUUUAUUUCUUUGUUUCAGAGAGAGAGCCCAUGAGCAGAGAAAGGGGCAGAGGGAGAGGGAGAGAAUCUCAAGCAGGGUCCCCACUGAGUGGGGAGCCCAAAGUGGGGCUUGAUCUCACAGCCCCAAGAUCAUGACCUGAGCCAAAAUCAAGAGUCAGAUGCUCAACCGGCUGAGCCACCCAGGCGCCCCAGGACCUGACCACACUUUUAGGUGAAGUGUGUUAUGUGUGUGCCCAGAAAUAGUAAAAUGAUAGAUAGUAAAAUGAACAAUAUGUCCCACUAUGUCUAAAAUAGUAAGAUUUACAAUAAUAUCACAUUUGCAUGGAUUUGGCAUGUUUUAUCAUUAACUGAACCAGAAGGAAUUUAAAAUAACACUUUUUAAAAAAACAACAUAAAAGCACUCUUUGUUAUACACCCUCCAGAGUCUAUGCACACGUACACCAGGAAACACGGAAAAGAAAACUCGUAUCAGCCUUGAAAGUCAUGACGACCAGAAACAGCCCAAAUGUCCACCAGCAAAACGCAUAAAUGAACUGAGGCAUAUUCUUACAAACGGACGGCCCCAGAGAUGAACCGAAGCUACGCACACUUACAGGAAUACGGCCCACUCUAGGGUCAUGAUAUCCAGGGAGGCACUCGGGGCGCAAAAUGUAAGGCAGCGCUCAUGGGUUCGUAUGUUUGCGCAAAGACACCAAAAAUGUAUACAGUCUAAUAGAAGCCAAACUAAACUAGAUCGUUGGAGAGGAAUGCCGGAGGGAUAAAACCCGAAGUUAAAAGCAAUAAAGCCACCAGCACAACAGGGAGGCUGCGGUAGCUCUGGGAAGGAGGACGGACCCACCGGAGUUCCAGGUGCCAGAGGGACGGUACUUCUCACUCGGGGGGCCGAGGCACGGGGGUUCAUUUCUAUAACCAUUUUUUAAACUGUACAUAUGUAUGCUAUUCACUCACUUGGGGUAUGAAUGUCACAUCUUGCAAAACAAAACAAAACGAAGAGCCAAGAAGAUAAAGGGCAGAGUUGAAAUCACCAUUUCUCUACGAUAGUGUGAUGCGUUUCACUAUUAAUGUCAUUUCACACAGAAUAUAAUUAGAAAUGAGUUCAUCUUGGGCCACCUGGGUGGCUCAGCCGGUUAAGCGUCUGCCUUCAGCUCAGGUCAUGAUCUCAGGGUCCUGGGAUCGAGCCCCGCGUCGGGCUCCCUGCUCCGCGGGAAGCCUGCUUCUCCCUCUCCCACUCCCACUGCUUGUGUUCCCUCUCUCGCUGUGUCUCUCUCUGUCAAAUAAAUAAAUACAAUCUGGGCGCCUGGGUGGCUCAGCCGGUUAAGCGACUGCCUUCGGCUCAGGUCAUGAUCCUGGAGUCCCGGGAUCGAGUCCCGCAUCGGGCUCCCUGCUCGGCGGGAGGCCUGCUUCUCCCUCUUCCACCCCCUCUGCUUGUGUUCCCUCUCUCGCUGUGUCUCUCUCUGUCAAAUAAAUAAAUACAAUCUGGGCGCCUGGGUGGCUCAGCCGGUUAAGCGACUGCCUUCGGCUCAGGUCAUGAUCCUGGAGUCCCGGGAUCGAGUCCCGCAUCGGGCUCCCUGCUCGGCGGGGAGCCUGCUUCUCCCUCUCCCUCUGCUGCUCCCCCUACUCGUACUCUCUCCACCUCUCUCUGUCAAAUAAAUAAACAAAUAAAAUCUUUUUAAAAAAUUAUUUCAUCUCUAGGAGGAAAACCUGAAGUGACACAGUAUGUCAUAACAUUUUGGGCAGAGAACUCAACAAGCAAACCAACAUGACAAAUGGUUAACCAGAACAUUUGAAACUCCUCUUGGCAUGGGUUAUUUUCACUUGGGAAGAUGUGUUCAUCGACAUCCCAUUUUCUGAAGUACAUCUUGGUAGGGAAGUCAAAUAGGGAAACUGAAUAAUGCAGCCACAUCUGUUCAUUGCACAUGCAAAAUGCUGGCUCGUGCACUCAUUAUAUGCACCUCUCUCCAAAGAAUCUGUAUUUAUGAGCCCACUCAGGAAAGAUAACACUGGCAUCCUGCCUUUCAGGCAAAAGCUUGUUUGUGCUUUUACUUCUAAGAGAGCACAAGGAAAGAGACAGAGAAGCGUCGAUUACACUGCAGCUGGGCUCUUUGAGGUGCCUGAAGUCAGGGAGAAGGAAACAAUCACUCCAUUCACUCUAAAUGAAUGCACUCUCCUCCACAGUAAAGCUGACUGUCCUCAGUGUUCACCUUGAUCAUGUUGUUGCAAAUAUUGUGAAAGCUAUGACCAAAGUUGCACAUCCCGGGGUGGGGGGGGGGUGGCACAAAGCAAGAAGCCAAGCUGCCCAGGGCAAUGCGCCCCACCCCCCCUCCCGCCCAGAGCCGGAUUAGAAGAAAGUCGGAUGGAUGGGAGACAGAGACAAGCAAGGGCAAGAAACAAGAAGGGAAUCCCAAGAGUCGCCAUCUACCCGCUAACCUUAUAGGAUACUACAUACUUCAGCUCCAAUCCCAGUACAUGAUCAAUGGCCCCCAGACACCCCAUCCUUUUCGCAUCUCUGCCUUUUCUUAUACCUCCUCCCUCUAACCCUCUCCCCUCAAUUUCCUCCUCCCUGCCUAAAUGCAUCUUAUUUCUCUAUCCAGGCCCAUUAUUCUCACAGUUAUCUCCUAGCUCCGUCCAGCCCUUGGGGAUCUUUCUAGUCUCUGAGUGCUCCCUUGGUAGUCAGUCAUUCCUGCUCCCUCCUCUCUGGGUCCUCGGUCUCCUUGUCCUCAGCUCCACUCUUCCAGGUCGGCUCUCUGGGGGCCUGGGCCUCCUCUGCUCCCUCACUUCUCUCUCCCUAGGCAACCUCAGCCACUGUGCAGGCCUUCCCGUCGACCGUGUACCACAGCUUCGGUGUGGGGCUCUCCCCUGUGAUGCAAAUGCCCAUGCAGCAGUGCCCCAUGUCUCAUAAGCCCAGAAGGUUCCACAAUGAACCUCUCUCCUGCCUUCCCGAACCCACGGGUCUCCAAGCCCCCUGCUCUGUGGCUCAUGAAUGUCCACACCACCCCUCAACCGCUGAUGCCCAACACUGGGGCUAGGUGGCGGGGGAGGGGGUCAUCCAUAAUGUCGCCUCUCCUCUGGGCCCUCACGAUUGAAGAGUCGCCAGAUCCUUCAGCACGCCCUCAUCUCUGCACCGAGGCUGCCAUCAGUCCAGCGCCCGCCGCCGCUCUCCUCACUGGACGUUUGCAACAACUUCCCACCUCUUCCCGCCGCAUCCACUCUUCUCAUCACAGCACCCAGGGCGAGCUUUAAAAAAAAGGGGCUGGGGUCAGAUCCUAUCAUUGUCCUGUGUAAAGCCGUUCAAAGGAAAAAGUCCCAUAUUUUCCCCCUAACCUCCAAGGCCUCUGGCCAAGCCCAGCCCUUCCCUCCAGUCAGCCUCCUCUGGCCCUGGAUUCCCCUGUCCACGUCCACCAGGUCUCAACCCAGCCUGCAAGGCACUGGAACUGCCUUGGAAAACUUAAAAGCCACCGGUGUGUCCACCCUAGAGAUUUUUAUUUACUUGGUUUGGGCAAGGCCUAGGCAUUGAGACUUAAAAGCUUUCCAGAU